CGCUCGCUCGCUCGCUGGCUGGCUGGCUCGGCGGCCGGGCGGUCUGCGAGCGUCCCCGCGGUGCGGAGCCGUGCUGCAGCGAGGCGGAGGGGCCGGCGGCAGCGGCCGGGAGCGGCGAGCCGGGGCCGGAGCCUUAGAGGGAAGCGGAGCCGGAACCGGAGCGUCUGCGAGGAGCGUACGGCGGCGGUGCGGGGCCGGCGGGGCCGCGGCGGCGAUGUGCGCGGCGGGGAGGCGCUGGGGCCGGCGGGAGCGAGCCGUGCUGUGGUGCGUCCUGGUGGCGGCGUGGGAGGCGGCGUGGGGGCAGCUGCGCUACUCGGUUCCCGAGGAGAUGCCGAAGGGCUCGUUCGUGGGCGACGUGGCCAAGGACCUGGGGCUAGAGCUGCCGGCGCUCCGCGAACGCGGCGUCCGCGUUGUCUCCGAGGGGAGGACGCAGUAUUUCGCUCUGCAUGGGAAGACGGGACAUUUGGUGACGGCGGAGAGGAUAGACAGAGAGCAAGUCUGCGAGAGUGUGCAGCGAUGCGUGCUGCGUUGUGAGGUGAUAGUGGAGGGGGAAAUGCAGGUUUACGGCAUCGAAGUGGAAAUCACGGACAUUAACGACAACGCGCCCAACUUCCGAGAGUCGCAAAAAGAACUGAGAAUGAGCGAGACGACAGCCCCGGGGUCGCGGUUUUCCCUGGCCGAGGCCCACGACCCGGACUCGGGACGGAAUUCGCUGCAGAGCUACGAGCUGAGCGGCGACGAGCACUUCUCGCUGGCCGUGCAGGCGGGCCCCGGCGGGGAUCAGCGUCCCGAGCUGGUGCUGGCGAAGGCGCUGGACCGGGAGGAGGCGGCGUUUCACGAGCUGGUGCUGAUGGCGAGCGACGGCGGAGAGCCGGCGCGGACGGGCACGGCGCGGAUCCGCGUGGCGGUGCUGGACGCGAACGACAACGCGCCCGUGUUCAGCCAGGCGGAGUACACGCUGCGUGUGCCGGAGGACGUGCCCGUGGGCUCCACCCUCGUCACCGUCACGGCCACCGACGCCGACGAGGGGAUCUACGGGCGCGUGAAAUAUUCAUUGAAGAAAAUUAAAGAGAGAGCUUCCAAGAUUUUCCAGCUGGACACUGAGACGGGAGCCAUCAUGCUGGUGCGGAACCUGGACUUUGAGGAAGGCGACUCGCACGAAUUGGAGGUGCAGGCAGAAGACGGCGGGGGUCUUUCCGACACGGCCAAAGUCGCGAUCACGGUGACAGACGUCAACGACAACGCGCCCGAGAUUUCGGUGCGAUCGGCGCUGAGCGCGAUCUCGGAGGACGCGCCGCCGGGGACGGUGGUGGCCCUGCUGCACGUGCAGGACCGGGACUCGGGGGCGAACGGCGAGGUGCGGUGCAGCAUCGCCGAGCGCCUCCCGUUCCGGCUGGAGAAGUCCUUUGAGGACUACUACCGCGUGGUGACGGCGAGGGAGCUGGACCGGGAGGAGGUGGCGGAGUACAACGUGACGGUGCGGGCGGCGGACGGCGGGUCGCCGGCGCUGUGGAGCAGCGCGGUGCUGGCGCUGCGGGUGCUGGACGUGAACGACAACGCGCCGGUGUUCGCGGAGGCGCGCUACAGCGCCCGGCUGCCCGAGAACAACGCGGCGGGCGCGCUGGUGCUGACGGUGCGGGCGGCGGACGCGGACUGGGGGCAGAACGCGCGCGUGCGGUACCGGCUGUCGGAGGGGCGGGUGCGGGGCGCGCCGCUGUCGUCCUACGUGUCGGUGCAGGCGGAGACGGGCGCGCUGUACGCGCUGCGCUCCUUCGACUACGAGGAGGUGCGCGAGGUGGGGCUGUGGGUGCGGGCGGAGGACGGCGGCGCGCCGGCGCUGAGCAGCAACGUGUCGGUGCGGCUCGUGAUCGUGGACGAGAACGACAACGCGCCGCAGGUGCUGUACCCGCCGGCGGCGCCGGCGGCGGGCGCGGGCUGGGCGGGCGUGGAGCUGGCGCCGCGCUCGGCGGAGCCCGGGGCGCUGGUGGCCAAGGUGGUGGCGGUGGACGCGGACGCGGGGCAGAACGCGUGGCUGUCGUACGAGCUGGCCAAGGCGACGGAGCCGGGGCUGUUCCGCGUGGGGCUGCACAGCGGCGAGGUGCGGACGGCGCGCUUCCCGCUGGCCCGCGACGCGGCGCGGCAGAGCCUGGUGGUGGUGGUGAAGGACCACGGGCGGCCGGCGCUGUCGGCCACGGCCACGCUGACGGUGGUGCUGGCGGAGAGCGUGGCCGAGCUGCUGUCGGAGCUGGGCAGCGCGGCGGCGGCGGCGCCGGGCGAGCCGGCCGGCAGCCUGACGCGGUGGCUGGUGGUGGCCGUGGCGGCCGUGUCCUGCCUCUUCCUCGCCUUCCUGCUGCUGCUGCUGGCGCUGCGCCUGCGGCGCUGGCGCCGCUCGCAGCUGCUGGCGGCGGGCAGCGGCGCCUUGCGCGGCGUCCCGGCCUCGCACUUCGUGGGCAUCGACGGCGUCCGCGCCUUCCUGCACUCCUACUCGCACGAGGUGUCGCUCACCGCCGACUCGCGCAAGAGCCAGCUCCGCUUGUCGGGCGGCAGCUGCUGCGACACCCUCCCGGCCCGGCCGCCGCCCGACGAGCCCGCGCCGCUGCUCGGGGAGGACCCUGCCGGCGCCCGCCGCGCGGACCCCGCCGCUCCCCCGGUGAGUUCCUCCCACCAGCCCUUCUCCGCGGCGCGACGCGACGCGACGCUUCCCUCCGCUGCUUCUCCGCCCUUUCCCCCCCGUUUCUGUCUCCUGCCUCGGGAGGUGGAGGUAGCGGGAAGGCAAAGCUUCGCUCAGCGACGCGCGGGGCGCUGGCGCCUCUUGCUGCCGGGGGGUGAACGUGGGAUCGCGGCUCAGCGUGACAGUUGCUGCGGGAGGCAGGAGAAGCGGGAGGCUGCUGUUGCCUGCUGGAGUUUCCUCUCAGGGGGGCUUGCUGCUUUUAUCACGUCGCUGAUGUGUUACAUGCUGUUCACUGACCCAGCCUCUCCCGGAGGACAGCUCCUCUUUGAAUUUUAGAGCCCCGAGGUUUCUUUCCAGAAGGCUAGUGAGCAGGCAAUGUAUCUUCCUUCUCAGUACGGAGAUGUAGCGAAAUCUCGGCGAGGUCCGUGGCGUGGUAGUGGUGCAUGUUGAGGACAAAUGGUCUGGGUUCUGGCCCUUUGAUGACAAGUGCUUGCAAACUAUGAGGGUCAACGAACACCAGGCAAGUUGUGACGGCUUGGAGACGAGAGUCUUGGGAGGUGUUUGUGAGGGGCUGUGGAACCAGACACAAGAGAUCUGGUUUGCUCCUUUCCCUGUUCGGUGCCCAUCUGUACUAUCAUGCAAUGUGAGUUUUGGCUUCCCAAGUAAGCUUGGCCCAAGUCAGACACGUUGUUCCAGCUGCAUAGGGAGCCCUGGGAGGUUCCUCCUGUGUGCUUGCACAUUGUGGAGAUGUUUCUAACUAACAGCUUAAUUCUAUACUUAUGGCAAGUGCCCUAAAGGGAGCUUUGGGAGGAGCCAGCCCUGGUUUUGUAACCUACUAAACACCUGAGUUAUGCCAUAAUCUAGAAGAGUAUGUUGUCAUCCCUUCCCUUCUGUGUGUGUUAACAUCCCGACUUGCUCGUUGUAAUGAUGUGGAGGUGGGCUUUUGUCUGUGAUAAUGUGUGGAAGACCACAUGAGUUACAUUUGGCUGACUGUCACCUAUGUGCCUUUCAUGUUUACAGCUGUAAAGAGAAAGACUUUCAUAGAAGUGUUUCCUUAAAAUACUACUGGAAGAAAUGCUCUUGCUUGUCACAUGCACAUGCUGAGAAGUCAAAUAUUCUCCCUGGUAAGGAGAAGUUGUCUGUGCAGCUUUUCUUUGGGUGGAGUCUAUCUGCAAAUGAUGAAGGUCAAGGACAACCAUGCAAGCUGUGAAGGGUUUGAGGAGAGUCUCGAGAGGGUGCUGUGUUUGAGGAGGUACUGGUGGAGACAUGGCAUGUGUUUUGUUGAUUCCCAGGGUUUGUUGUUGUUGUUCUGAAAAUGAGUCUGAAGGUGUCUCAUUUUUUGGAUAUUGCCUUGCUCGGAGUCCAGCUGUCCAAGUUGUGAGUUCAUCAGUGUGCUUUCCUGUUGCAUGAUGUUUCCUGGGAAUGGUGGUUAUGAAGCAUAGAUGUAAACUUUGCAAUAGUGUGGUAGUGUAAUGUAUCUUCCAAGUUGCCCAUGUGUU